AGUUGACCGGCUCGGUGGACGCGGCCGUUUCUUUUUCCGCAAGAAACAGCAGCAAUCUACGACCGAAUUUGCGCGGACCACCGAAUUUUCAAACAAUGCGGGUUUCUCAUUUUCACAGAGAUGAGGUUUCAAAAAGCGAGAGCCUGGAAAAACGGUUUUCAAUCGAUUCAAGGGUCAACUUGCAUGUACUCUUCCUCAGCAUGGUUUUGUUUGGCUAUCCCCUAAGGAAGAGUUGUAUUUUACUGUAAAUAGCUGGAAUUCGUGGAGCCAAAUCCGUGCACAGGAAUUAUUCUUUGGAUAAGUUUUGUAGAUAAAAAUGGAACUGAAGAACGCAAAGGUGUUGGAUAAUGGAAGAAGAAUGGUGGUUGAUUUGAAGAGAAAGCGGGCCAACCAGUGUGCAUCAUAUUUCACUGGCACUGCCUACAAGGCGGCAUUGCGACGGUCUAGCUUGGAGGUGCCCUCUGAUAGGCAUACCAAGCGGAUGAGAUCAAGUGGCUGCAAAAAAAGCCGCAAAUGCUGUUUCAGGAACUCUGUGAUUAAGAACUACUCGAAUUUUAUCAAGAGCGGGUUGCCACAGCGUUUGCUUUGUUAUCAGAAGGGUGAAUGGAAAGAUCUUCCGGAGGAACUGAUUGCUUUACUGAGGGAAUAUUUCUGGGCAAAGAAGGCAAUCGCUGAAGUGGCACUCCUUGGUCGUCGUUUGCUAUUUGAUUUUUUGCACAUGGUUCGGAUUGAUUUGGAAACAGGUUUACAAAAGCCAAUUGCUUGGAUCGAUGAAUCGGGUCAUUGUUUCUUUCCAGAAUUAUAUUCUGAUUUGUAUGAACUGCAUGACCGCUUCUGUUCCAAUGGAAGAAAGGUCCGUGGUUGCAUAAGUUCUGUGCCAAAAGGGACUUGUGAAAUCAAUCUGCAACUAGAUAUUGCAAUAAGUGGUACCAGUUGCUCAAACUUGGAAGAAUGUGAUGAGGCAUCAGUUUCUCAUGUUAAGCAGCUUAAAAUUGAAGAAAAACCUCGCAAUAAACACCAUGAUCUGGAACAGGAUUGCUGCACUUGCAGUAAGCCAGAUGCAGAAAUUAAUGAGGUCAUUGGAGAAAAUGGACAAUCUGCAAUGCCCCUUUGUCACAACCCUGGUUUUGAAUCUAUGCAUGUGAAACUGACCAGAUUAGUCAGUGGUGGAAGUGACAGUGAUGCCGUGCAGAGAAUGUUCCUUGUAGGUUUGAGCCCUAUAAUUGAUGCAAGCAACAUUGUUGGAAUUUACCAAGGUUCACCGAGAAACAUUUUUGAGCGAAGGCUGCUGCUCUUCCGCAAGCAGAUUGAGAUCACUGAAAAUUAUCGAGGCAAUGCAAAUGUCCGUUACGCUUGGUUUGGUUCUUCCAAAGAAGCUGUAACACGGAUCAUUGUUCAUGGAUUCAGGCACAGUGAAAUUCCAAAAUGCAAGCCUAUGUAUGGGACUGGCAUUCAUCUUACGCCAGCAAACUGCUCGAAUAUCAGCGCCGGUUGUUCUGAUGCUGAUGAAAAUGGUGUACAACACAUGGUGUUGUGUCGUGUCAUAAUGGGAAACAUGGAACUUGUUCAUCCUGGAUCCGAACAGUUUCAGCCCAGUAGCCAAAACUUUGAUAGUGGCAUUGAUGAUCUUCAAAACCCUAAGCGUUAUAUAAUAUGGAAUAUGCAUAUGAAUACACACAUCUAUCCGGAAUAUGUUGUGAGUUUCACUGUGCCUCCAAGGGCUAAAGAGUAUUUGGUCGGGAAUGAAAGCAAAUCGGACGUGUCAGGGAUCACAUAUCUUACUUCUUGUCAUAACCAAUUGCAGCAGGAUUCUGCUCCUGAUGGCCCAGUGUGGAUUGGUCAACAAUCAUCGGCUUCUGUCAAGCCAUUUCAAGAAAAUGCUGGGCUGCUAGGUCUAACGGUGCCAAAGAUCCCUACUUCAUCUUGGAUGCCUUUUGCCAUGCUGUUUGCUGCAAUCUCAGAUAAAAUAUCUCAUGAAGAUAUGGACUUACUUAGUCUUCACCAUGACGAAUUUAAGAAGAAAAAAAUCAGUCGGGAUGGCUUCAUAAAAAAGUUGCGAUGCAUAACUGGGGACGAACUCUUGAGGUCUACAAUAAAGAGUGUUCACGGCAAGUCACCUUCGAUCCCUAGGUGUGAAUCAGCAAGUCAACAGUGUGGGAGGCUUCAAAUGGAUCAUUGAUCUGGCUGCGCAAACUUCCUCCUCUUUGAGAUGGUUGGCUACUCGGCCAUUCCAGAUGUUGAUUUUGGGAGCGGCACGUCUUGCUUGUCUCUGCAUUUGCUCUAUCCCAUGGUGAGGAAGUUUUUCUGUCGUUUGUCUUGUCUUGCUCUAUUGGAAAUGUGUCGACUUGAAAAAAUGACUAAUAUGAACAGACUCUACUUUAGUUUGCUAGGGAAAUUAGCUGGUGAAAGUAUUUUGCUUUAGUCUUUUUUCCCCCUUUUAUUGAUGAGGUUUUGCAGUCUAUAGCUUGUGAAUUGAUGUGAUUUCAACUUGCGAUAUUGAAAAUGGCAAGUAACUUUGUUUUA